AUGUCAUCGGAAGAAUUCAAAGGACUUCCAAUCAAACGAGAUAUUUCUUCCACUAUUCAUACUGACAGACCUCCUGCAUUAUCUGCCCCUCCAUGCGUUGGUUCUACUGGAAAUGAUAAGAUACAAGUGCUGCCGAUUCCCAAGAAAUCUAGGACCAUCAAGACCGAUAAACCAAGGCCUUUCCUGUGUCACAUCUGUACAAGAGGGUUCGUGAGACAAGAGCAUUUAAAACGACAUCAAAGAGCGCAUACCAACGAGAAACCCUUUCUCUGUGUCUUUUGCGGAAGAUGUUUUGCGAGAAGGGAUCUGGUCUUGCGGCAUCAACAUAAACUACAUUCAGCACUGGUUUCCAAAGAAUCCAUAAAUUCCAAAGAUAAAACUGAAAUAGACGCUAUCAACGAUAAAAAUAUAAUCCAGAUCCAAGGCAAUAAGCAAACAAUUUUACCGACGCCAAGCAAUCCUUUAGCGAAGACGGCAGCACAGUUAAAAAAGGCUGCCAAAGAGAAAAAAAACGGGAAGCAAGGCAAAUUAGAUAUGAGUCCCUCAUACAGUACCAAUAGCCGUAGUGCAGACAUUUCUUCCUCGGUGGGGAACUCAUCAACGCCUACCGUAAUUGAAGAGGCAAACCCAUCUUCGCAUUUUCCCCCUCCAGAUACAAAUAUUCCGACAAAAUCUAAGAGGCAUGCAUCAUUUUCAGCAUCAAGCGCAUUCACAUAUAGUUCAGAUAACUUCCAAAAGCUCCACCAACAAACGAAAUCAGACUUCGAUGAGCUACAGGAAAGUGUUCCUCACCAGGUCGGCUUUUCUACACCCCAGUUAACGGCACAACAACUUAUAGAAAACGCUAUUGAAUCUGGUGUUGUAGAUUUGGAAACCUUGGAUUUGCCGCCUUUUUUAUCAUUAGAUGGCUUACCGCCUGCGAGCUCAAGUGCGGCUGUAGCAGCAUCCGAACAAAUAGAUAUCUAUCCUUCUUCUGCGACGGACACUAUCUCAGGCACUAAUACCACUCCAAAUCAAGCAGCAACAGCCCCUCCUUCUCAAUUACCCAUAGGAAGGGAAAGCAGCUCUUUGUUUUUGGCAAACACUCCCUAUUUAUCUGAUUUUUUGACAAUGGGCUCUUCCUACGGUGGUUCUGGAGGUUUUGUCAAAUCUAUUACUGCUGAUCCUAGUUUGGAUUAUUUCAACUAUAAGAACCAUCCUCAUUCAGAUAUAAGGCACAACAAUAGUUCCAGUAGUAUCAAUAAUAACGCUAAUAAAAAUAACAAUGACCCAAUUGAAAAAUCUCAAAACAAUAAUAACGCAAUCGAUGAAGCUAUUGACGACACUGAUAUCCACGCUCACCACGCGGAUGCUCAUGAUGACUCCUUCAUAGAAAGUGAAGAGUGGCUCUCCAAGUUUAUUAUGGACUCUCAGAUUGAUAAUGAUUUAAAACUAAAUAUAAGCCAUUUUAACGAUAUAGGGUUUAACAAUUUGCACUCUCAAAAUCCUACGACCCAUUCAGAACCAAGAAAUAUGUAUAAUGAAAACAGAGACAUACACCGAUCUUCCAAUACGUUCCAUUCCGUAUCGGAAAAUAUCUCUCCAAGAGAACAAUUUUCCCUGUUUAAAGCUAAACCAAACAAGGCCAUUUCAAAAUUUCUGUCUGACGAGAAAAUUCCCUCCACAGCGUCACCUUCUUCGUCUGCUUCGCCAGUUCAGUUUGGUAAAAAAAAUGUUGAUAUCAACGAAUUUUUAUUAGACGAGUCCGUUUCUAACUUAUUCACUACUAGACAAAUUGAUUUAUUCAAGAAAAAUGUGAACCUAUAUUCACCAUUACUUCAAAAUCAAAAUGCAGUGUCACCUACAAAUUCGACACCAUCAUUAAGCACACGGACUGUAGUGACAAAAAUAAAGCCAGGGUGGAUGGACUCCUCCGAAAAAUUGGCUUUCUUUACAGAAAAGUUAAGAAAUUUGAUUAUUAAAGAAAACAAUCUAAAGUCUAAUUUGUUCCCCACUGUUGACGAGCUGAAUCAUUAUGUCAAUUUAUAUCAAGUGGAAUUUCAUAAGUACUUUCCCUUCAUUCAUUUAUAUUCAAUUAUACCAUCAGGUGAAAAUUAUCCUUUAGUGAUAUCCAUAAGUAUGAUUGGUGCCCUUUACGGAUUCCACUCCACACACGCGCUACUAUUGUCCAAAAUAGCAAGGAAGAGGGUGAGAAUAUUUCUAGAAAGCACUCGAAGCAGUCACGACAAGACACCAAUUUGGCUAAUGCAAUCUUUAGUCUUACUAACGUUUACCAGUAUUUUCUCCAAUGAUAUGAAUGCUUUUAGAACUGUGAAUACCCAAAUAAUAAUUUUGGUUCAAUUAAUUAAAAUCGCAAAGUUGAACUUCCCGUUAGAAAACUUCAUCAAGCCACCGAUCGAAAGUGACCAUGUUUUGGAAUAUCAAGAUAACCCCACUGUUUUGAACCAAUUUAAAGCUCAAUAUAAUACCCGGGAACAAAUGAACAGAAAUUUUAAAUAUUUUAUCUUAGCUCAAUCAAGAAUAAGAAUAUGCCACAUUGUCCUCCUGAUUUCUAACCUCUUCAAAUCUUUAGUGGAUUUCGAUUGCUGUUUCCAUUCCAUUGAUUUGAAAUGUGGUGUUCCCUGUUACAACGAGGUGUUGUUCUUUUGCGAAAAUUCGAAAGUUUGGAAUGAGAACUUGACAAGAUUCAAUGUCGUUUUGGAUUCCAAGUUUUCGCUAAUUGAAGUUUCCAAUGGUGAAUCAAACUACGAGAAGUGCUUAAUGUAUUUAUCAAACGGUAAUCCCUAUCUUUAUAAAAACGCUAAGGUUUCAUUCAAGACUUUGCUAUCUUUACUGAUCUCUAUUCAUGAAAAGAUAAACAUUGAGAGAGAUGCGUUGAAAGAUAGUUACGAAGGUGAUUUCCAUGCGAAAAAUGUUCAAUGGAGGAUGCAUUCAAGGCCCUUGGUUGCUACAAUGUUAAAACACUGGGAACUACUUUACAUCAAGAAUGGUGGGGUAUUGGCCCUCAAUGACGAAAACCUGCCGAUAAUAAAUACGAAUCCGUCAUUUAGAUUGAUAAUUCCCUUGUAUUUCUUCGCAAAACUAAGGAAAUGUCUUGAUAUAGCCCCAACACUAAGAUGCAUUUGGAACCAGGAUUGGAACUCGAUGAAUAGCUCUUUAGAAAAAGUUUGUUAUGAGUGGGAAUCAUUACGAGAAGCCACAGAGUACGCCGUGUCCGUUGUUACUUUUUGGAUUGACACGGUAACUAUAAUGAAAGGGAAAUCGACGCAAACUCCAAUCUUCACUAUUACUUGUAUUUUUGUUUCGAUCUUAGUCAUAGCUGGGUAUAUGAGGAGAUUAGAAGACUUUGCACAAAACCAAAAUAGUGAUAGUAUGAUUGGUAGUUUGAAAAGUAGUGACAGGAUUUUGUGGCUAAAAGCUUUCAAAGCUUUGAAGAGAAUCGAAUCACAUUUAUCUGAAAGAGAAUAUAAACUACAAACAUUUGCUGAGUUUUUGAGGGUUCCAGAUAAUGGAAGUCUAGAUAUCGAGAAUUUGGAUUCUUCUCUAAUAGAAAAAACUUUGAAUCCUCAUGAUGCUAGCAAUGAAGCGCUAGAUAUAAUCACGAGAACAAGAUUAUCAUCGAGAACACUGUAUUGCGGUGCUAGAAUCCUUGGCGACACGCCAGUCUGGCCUGUAUCUUUAUUGUUUGCUCAUGCCUUACAAUCUAGGGCUAUUUACAAUAUUAAUCACAGGAAAUCAGUAAACAACGUAUAG